AGGGGGCGCAGCCGGCGCCGACGCCGUGCCGCCGCCAGCCGCCGCGGCGGCGUCGCGCCCGGGGCGCUCGCCAACGCCGCCGGGGCAGAGGCCCGCCCGGCGCGGCGGCGGGGCGUGCCGCCGCGCCUCCUCCCCGGUGCCGGGGGUCGCCGCGCCGCCGCGGGGGCAGGUUGCGGCGUGCCCGCAGGCAAGUGGCUUGCCGCACCUGCCCGCGUCGCCCAGACCGAGGGCCUCUCUGGAGCGGCACGCGAUGUCAUGGACUCCCACGGGGUCAUUGACUGGACGCAGCCCGGCUUCCUCCAGUUGCAGCUUACCUCUAGGGGCCGACCACUUAUGCAUGGCGGGCGGAGCGCUGGACUUGCGGCAGCUCGAGGCGAGGAUUGGCUCAGACGGCCGCGCCCUCGAUAUGAUCGCGACCAUCAUGACCCAGGAGGCCCAGGCAUCAGAGCAGCGGAUCGAGGAGCUGGUGAUCGAGAAGCAGGCCCUCGAAGUGGAGCUUCACCGAGUGAAAAUAGAGAACAUCAUGCUGCGUGGAUCACCGCUCGACGCAGGAGCAGUCAGCGCGGUGGCAGCGACGGGUACCACCACGCAGGCUUGCAUUCCGGACCACUUCCCGCAGUGCGAGGUGGAGGACCACCAGGACCACGCGUCAGCAGCCCCUGCGUCGCUGGAGAGAGCGCGCUGUUCAUCCAGGCAGCCCAGCGUGGUGCUGGCCGCAGAGGCUAUGACCUCGAACGGCAUGAGCUGGACCGAGGGUAUCAGGACCCGCGGCAACCGCCUGUUGGUCCGCCCGGGCGCCGCGGAGCCCGCGGCGGCGGCGUCCGCUCCGCCGGGCGCGGCCAGGUGUUUCCAGGUCGUCCAGCCCCGGGUCUGCUCCACGGAGAGAGUCGUGUACGUUUCGAGGAUGGCUUCAACCACCGCCGUCGAGCAGCGCACCGCCGCCGUGGUGCCCCUCGUGCAGUGCCCCUGGGCCUCGCCGCCGCCAGGCAACAUGGUCGCGGCUCCUGGUCUGGUGAGAUUGAGCUCCGCCGGCAGCGCGGCGGCGGCCCACAUGCCGAGGC